AUGUUCAUGCCUUCCCGACGUCCAAAAGUCAUGAUUCUUAUAUGGAAAGAUAGAUAUUUGAGUCGUGACCCGCGGCGAAGUGGAAAGAGGUCAUUUGGAUCACUCGUUGGACCGGAACUUAUUUUCUACCAAGACAUGUCCGACGAGCGCCUAAGUAGAGCCCAUGGAGACUUUGAUGGAUCAAGAGGCCCGGAUACCGCGCCCAAGGCCUUGGCUCAUCUUGACACUAGCAUAACUCAAUCCAGAAGCUUCCAUUGGCCUGAACGCGGCCCAUUCAAGAACUUGGAGAGCAAGCUCAAGCGGCUAAAGAGAAAUGGAAACUUUCCUCUUCUGCGCGCGCUCAACUUUGCCGACCUAGACCCGCUCUCUACCUAUAUAUACUUGCUUUUAGCCUCUUGUAAUAAGAAUCACCAGCCGCAUAACAAGAAACACUUAUUCAAUAAAGGAAUUAUUACUUGUACUCAUCCCAUAAGAUGCAGCGCAAUCACCCAACCAGUUACACUAAGAAGUGGGAGGCAAUUCCCGAGUAGAGGUAGCCCACCCCAAAUCGCUGUGGACAUCGAUGACGAGGAAGGGGAGGAUUUAGUCGACUAUGCUGAUAACUCGACCCGAACUCGAUCGAGCUGGAACAAAACCCUGAACCAGAACUCGAUCGAGCUGAGAGAACUGAGACACUGCAAGACAAACCAGAGCUCGAUCGAGCCAGAAGAGAACAGACAAAGCAAACCCAGCCAACCAGCUAAACCUGUUGCAAAGAAGAAAGACACUCCAGCAGGACCACCACCAUACAAGCCCCCUCUGCCCUUUCCAGGAAGGUUCAAGAAACAACUGUUGGAAGCACACAAGGCCAAGUUUGAUGAACUAAUGAGACAGCUUGAGUUGAAGUUGCCCUUCAUCGACGCCUUGAUGCUCAUUCCGCCUUAUCAGAAAUUUCUGAAGGAUGCUGUUCAGCAAAGAACCAGGGAAGCACAAGGGAUGGUAGUGUUGACCCGCGAGUGCAGUGCAAUCAUUCAGCGGAAGGUCAUCUCCGACAAAAAGGAAGAUCCGGGGAGUUUCACUUUGCCCUGCAUGUUAGGACCCCUAUCUUUCAAAAACAGUCUCUGCGAUCUAGGAUCAUCUGUCAGCCUCAUGCCUUUGUCUGUAGCAAAGAGACUGGGAUAUCACAAGUACCAAGCCUGCGGAAUCUCACUAGUCUUGGCAGAUAGAUCGAUAAGGUUACCAACUGGGAUGCUUGAAGACCUGCCUUUGAGGAUAGGGAAUGUGGAAAUCCCCACAGACUUCAUUGUGCUUGAGAUGGAUGAGGAACCAACAGAUCCAUUGAUUCUAGGAAGGCCAUUCCUAGCUACAGCAAGAGCAAUGAUAGAUGUCUGUGAAGGAACAAUUGAGUUAAACUUGGGAAAGGACCUGAAGAUGAAGUUUGAUAUAAAAGAUACAAUGAGGAAACCAACUAUAGAAGGUCAGCUCUUUUAUGUUGAGGAAAUGGAUCAGUUGGCAGAUGAGCUUCUAGAAGAGUUAUCAACAGAGGAUCCUCUACAAGUUGCUUUGACCAAGGAUUCUUCAGAGGGAUAUGCCAGUUUGCGAAGUCAUGGCAGUGAGCUCGAUCAAGAACUCGAUCGAGUCGAGCUCGAACAAACGAACUCGAUCGAGCUGGGGACUGAAUGCAAGGAGCAAGCUCAAGGAGAUUGGUCUGAGCUCAAGGCACCUAAAGUCGACCUCAAACCUUUGCCUGAGGGCCUCAGGUAUGCAUUUCUGGGUGAAAACUCAACUUACCCUGUCAUUGUGAACUCUGAUUUGGAACCUGAACAGUUGAGUGCUUUGCUUGUUGAAUUGAGAAAGUACAGAAAGGCAAUAGGUUACACUCUAGAUGAUAUCAAGGGGAUCUCCCCUGACCUAUGCAUCCAUAGGAUUCAUCUAGAGGAUGAAAGUAAGUCAAGCAUUGAACCUCAGAGAAGGUUGAACCCCAAUCUAAAGGAAGUAGUGAAGAAAGAGAUACUCAAGUUGCUUGAUGCUGGGAUAAUCUAUCCCAUCAGUGAUAGCACUUGGAUAUCUCCAGUUCAUUGCGUCCCAAAGAAAGGGGGGAUCACUGUCAUUAAAAACGACAAAGAGGAGCUGAUUCCCACUAGAACAAUAGUGGGGCAUCGCAUUGGUUUCUUCCAAAUCCCGAUCCACCCUAAUGAUCAGGAGAAGACCACUUUCACAUGCCCUUAUGGCACCUUUGCUUAUCGAAGGAUGCCAUUUGGGCUGUGCAAUGCUCCAGCUACUUUCCAGAGGUGCAUGACCUCCAUUUUUUCAGAUCUGAUAGAGGAGAUGGUAGAAGUCUUCAUGGACGAUUUCUCAGUCUAUGGAGCAUCCUUCUCCUCAUGUUUGUCUAACUUGUGCAGGGUGUUGCAGAGGUGUGAGGAGACCAAUCUAGUACUCAACUGGGAGAAGUGCCACUUCAUGGUUCGAGAAGGGAUUGUGCUUGGACACAAGAUUUCCGAGAAAGGGAUCGAGCUCGAUCGAGCUAAGGUGGAUGUCAUGUUGCAGCUCCCUGUUCCCAAGACUGUGAAGGACAUAAGGAGUUUUCUGGGUCAUGCAGGGUUCUACAGAAGAUUCAUCAAGGAUUUCUCAAAGAUAGCAAGACCCUUGACAAGGCUUCUGUGCAAGGAGACAGAUUUUGAGUUUGAUGAAGAAUGCCACAAGUCUUGGACCUUGCUGAAGGAUGCUCUGGUGUCUGCGCCAAUAGUACAAGCUCCAAACUGGGAUCACCCAUUUGAGAUUAUGUGUGAUGCAUCUGACUAUGCAGUGGGAGCAGUGCUUGGCCAAAAGAUAGACAAGAAACUCAAUGUCAUCUACUAUGCAAGCAAGACUAUGGAUGAUGCUCAGUGCAAGUAUGCAACCACAGAGAAGGAACUCCUUGCCAUAGUCUUUGCCUUUGAGAAGUUUCGAAGCUAUAUAGUUGGAUCCAAGGUGAUUGUGCACACUGACCAUGCUGCCCUUAGACACAUCUUCGCUAAAAAGAUACAAAGCCAAGACUUCUCAGAUGGAUCCUUUUGCUUCAAGAGUUUGAUAUAG